CCGUGACAUCAGCGCGGAGCGGUGCGGGGGGCGGGGUGCGGGAGGAGCCUGGAAGGGGAGUGUCCGAACGGCUCCCGGCCCUGAAAGCCCGAGAGUGAGAGGGAAACGGACGCUGGCGCUGACAUGGGCCGCCAGCCCCGGCGCCUCGCGGAGCCCACGGAGGGGAGAGCGCAGCCGCUCCAGCCCGGCGCUCGCGUCUCUGGGCAUCCAGCCCUAUGAUCUUCUCCUUAUCACUCUCUCCACCCGCCGGACUUCAGAUCUGACCCCAGAUCCGCCUGCUGCCUCGGGAGGGCCCCCCUCCCCUCCCCUCCGGCAAGAUGCCGAUCCUCAAGCAGCUGGUGUCCAGCUCAGUGCACUCCAAGCGCCGCUCCCGGGUGGACCUCACGGCCGAGAUGAUCAGUGCCCCGCUGGGCGACUUCCGCCACACCAUGCACGUGGGCCGGGCGGGGGACGCCUUUGGGGACACCUCCUUUCUCAACAGCAAGGCUGGUGAGCUGGAUGGUGAGUCCGUGGACGAGCCGGCCUCCUCCUCGUCCUCCAAACGCAGCCUCCUGUCGCGGAAGUUCCGGGGCAGCAAGCGGUCACAGUCGGUGACCAGAGGGGACCGAGAGCAGAGAGACAUGCUGGGCUCCCUGCGGGACUCGGCCCUCUUUGUCAAGAACGCCAUGUCCCUGCCCCAGCUGAAUGAGAAGGAGGCCGCGGAGAAGGGCUCCAGCAAGCUGCCCAAGAGCCUGUCGUCCAGCCCUGUGAAGAAGGGGAGUGCCGGGGAGGGCGGCCCCGAGGAGGUGGGCGUGGAGGAGGCCUUGCCCCGGCGGAACGGGGCGGCCGCCCCCCACUCCCCCGACCCCCUCCUUGACGAGCAGGCCUUUGGGGACCUGACGGAUCUGCCCAUCAUGCCCAAGGCCGGCUUCGGGCUGAAGCACGCUGAGUCCAUCAUGUCCUUCCACAUCGACCUGGGGCCCUCCAUGCUGGGCGACGUCCUCAGCAUCAUGGACAAGGAGGAGUGGGAACCAGAGGAGGAGGAAGAUGGUGGUUACCACGGUGAUGAUGACCCAGCAGGCAGUCCCACACAGGCUCCCCUGUCUGUGGCGGCAGCCCCUCCCCUGGGGAGGCAGGAAGGCGAGGGGGGCUCGGACUUGCCCCCGCUGUCCUCUCGCGCCUUGCAGGAUGAGGGGUGGGCGGCGGCGGCCCCCAGCCCUGGCUCGGCCCGCAGCUUGGGCAGCCACACCACGCGGGACAGCAGCUCCCUGUCCAGCUGCACCUCAGGUGUCCUGGAGGAGCGCAGCCCUGCCUUCCGGGGGCCAGAUAGGGCCCGGGCCACUCUCCCCAGGCAGCCCGACACCGAGUUCUCCUUCAUGGACGAGGAGGAGGAGGAUGAGAUCCGGGUGUGAGGUGGGCUGGAAGUGGGGGCUCCACGCUCUUGGCUUCAUCUCCUCCCUGCCCCCAGCCACACAAGGGCAGCCAAGAGCCUGGCUUGGGGCCACAGACCCUGGACCUCGUUGAAUGGCGUUGGCCCAGCCUGUGGGCCCAAGGAGAGUGACUUGGGGAGCUGGCUUGGGCGCCUGACUUCUUUGCACACCCUGCCCUGCCCGAACUCUGUAGGAUGGGGCUGUGUUCUCACAGCAGGAACGAGCUUUCCUCUCCCGGCCUCCCUUUCCUCCACCUUGGCCUCAAGUGGACGCCAGAUGUCACCCUGAGUUCCUGCCGUGUGCAGCAGUAGUGGGGCAGCCAGGGGCUACGGACAUUUAACUCUUUUCUCCUGGCAUUUCUGUCGUGUGGGGCCUGCCGCGGUCAAUGCAUGUGACAGGUCACCAGUCCUGGCCCCUCCCUCCUCCCUCCCUGGCGCCACUUGGGGAGCCCCUUGGAGGAAAGCCGGACGGACUGUGUACACUAAACAUGACCCCUCCCCGGGGGAAGGGAACAGGAUGCAGAAUGGAAGGAAGGCCCCUGGGCUUCUUGAAUGUUCAAGAAGGGGCCCUUCCAGGAUGACACUAGGAAGCAGGCUGGGGCCCUCGCGCGGUCUCUGUGGGUUGGUUUGUUCUUGUUCUGUUUAAAUCCUUCUAGAACACUAUCAGGAACGGUGUUAGCAGACCCGCCACCAGAAGGAAAACCUUUUAGAAAACCUUUAUACUAAGCGCUUCCAGACUUUACUUAGAACUACAUGGGGGGGGGUGUGUCUGUGCGUAUAUGUCCUCGCCCCCACCCCCUUAGCUGUUAACGACGGAAGGCAGCCAGAGUAGAACAUUUCUGGAAAAUGAUUUUUUUUUUUAAAAAAAAAGUCAUUCCCAUAGGGAGAUAAGAGCUCUCUUUUGACUGGGUUGUUCCCCACCCUCCCCCACCCCGGGACUGACUACUUCCUCUUCCUUCCUCCGGCCUCUGCCAGCUGCGCCCCCUUCCCCACUUCUGAGUCAAUGGCCCUGAGGGGACAGCGUUAGCAACAAAACAAAACAACAGAAUGCGGAGUUAAAUGAGGAUCUCAGACCUGCAGAGGCUAAAAUUUUUAAGUGUAAGUAUGCCCCGUGCCCUAUUUGGGACAUACUUACACUAACGAAUGAUUCAUGGUCCUUGUGAAAUUCAGAUUUCUCUCUGCAUCCUCGUAACGUUGCCAGGGUUAAUGGAUUGUUUUUCUGUCCUAGGAACCGGCCUCCUGUCCCCUUGUAGCCAGUGGAGGGAAGGGGACAGACAGAAGUGCCACAGGACCCGGCCAGGGCCUGGGGGUGUAGCUGCUUUAGCCUCCCUGUUUUUUUUUUUUUAACCAGAUCCUGACUCAGACACUAGCUUAGUUCCUGGUUCGAGUGCCCCAUUGGUGCUCCAGUAGCGUAGCUCCCUCUCUGGGGGAGGAAUCGAAGGGUUGCAGCCCCCGCCAGCUGCCCUUGAAACCCAUCGAGACAGUGGUCAGUUCCAGAUUCUAAACUGUAAAUUUUUUUUCCAUGAAAAUGUUAAAACAGCAAGGAAACAUUAAAAAAAAAAAAAAGCCCUA